CGGUGGUCGUGCCGAGGUGCUCCGCGCAGGAGGAGCCCGCGACGUCGCUGCGGGCGGCCCGGGCACGGGGCCGGGACGCUGCCAGCAUGAGGCGGCGCGGCGGGGGUUGUCUCCUGCCCGCGCCUCCGCAGCUCCUGCUGGUGCUGCUGGGAGCGCUGCUCCGCUCCAGAGGUGUUACAAGUAGCACUGAAUGCUCCUGUGGGCGUAAUCAUUUUACCUGUGCUGUCAGUGCUUUUGGUGAAUGCACGUGCAUCCCUGCUCAGUGGCAAUGCGAUGGAGACAAUGACUGUGGGGACCACAGUGAUGAAGAUGGCUGCAUGCUGCCCACAUGCUCCCCCUUGGACUUCCACUGUGACAAUGGAAAAUGUAUCCGCCGGUCGUGGGUCUGCGAUGGAGACAAUGACUGUGAGGAUGACUCUGAUGAGCAGGACUGCCCUCCAAGGGAGUGUGAGGAAGAUGAGUUCUCAUGUCAGAAUGGAUACUGCAUUCGCAGCCUGUGGCACUGUGAUGGUGACAAUGACUGCGGGGACAACAGUGAUGAGCAGUGUGAUAUGAGAAAGUGCUCAGAGAAGGAGUUCCGUUGCAGUGACGGCAGCUGCAUAGCUGAGCACUGGUUCUGUGAUGGGGACACAGACUGCAAGGAUGGCUCAGAUGAAGAGAAUUGCCCAUCAGAUGUUCCAGCUGCCACCUGCAGCUUGGAGGAGUUCCAGUGUGCAUAUGGACGCUGCAUCUUGGACAUCUACCACUGUGAUGGUGAUGAUGACUGUGGGGACUGGUCUGAUGAAUCUGACUGCUCAUCUCACCAGCCUUGUCGCUCUGGAGAGUUCAUGUGCAACAGUGGCUUGUGCAUUAAUGCUGGCUGGAGGUGUGAUGGCGACUUCGACUGUGAUGACCAGUCAGAUGAGAGGAACUGCACUACGUCUAUGUGCACAGCUGACCAGUUCCGCUGCAAGUCAGGACGCUGUGUCCGUCUGUCCUGGCGUUGUGAUGGGGAAGAUGACUGCUCUGACAACAGUGAUGAGGAGAACUGUGAGAACACAGGCACCCCUCAGUGUGCCCCAGACCAGUUCCUGUGUGGGAAUGGGCGUUGUAUUGGCCAGAGGAAGCUGUGCAAUGGAGCAAAUGAUUGUGGAGAUGGCAGUGAUGAGAGCCCACAUCAAAACUGCCGUCCACGAACAGGGGAGGAGAAUUGCAAUGUCAACAAUGGUGGCUGUGCUCAGAAAUGCCAGAUGGUGCGAGGGAUGGUGCAGUGCACUUGCCACACAGGUUACAGGCUCCUGGAAGAUGGCCGAUCAUGCCAAGAUGUGAAUGAAUGUGCUGAGGAAGGCUACUGCAGCCAAGGCUGUACCAACAGUGAAGGAGGCUUCCAGUGCUGGUGUGAACAAGGCUACGAGCUGCGACCUGACAAACGUAGCUGCAAAGCUCUAGGGCCAGAGCCUGUGUUGCUCUUUGCCAAUCGAAUUGAUAUCCGACAAGUGUUGCCUCAUCGCUCUGAGUAUACGCUGCUCCUGAACAACCUGGAAAAUGCCAUUGCUCUUGAUUUCCACCACAGCAAGGAGCUGGUGUUCUGGUCUGAUGUCACGCUUGAUCGCAUCAUGAGGGCCUAUCUGAAUGGUAGCAAUGUGGAAGAGGUGGUUUCCACAGGGCUGGAGAGCCCAGGUGGACUUGCUAUUGAUUGGAUCCAUGACAAAUUAUACUGGACGGACUCUGGGACAUCUCGAAUUGAGGUAGCAAACUUGGAUGGCACUCACAGAAAAGUGCUUUUGUGGCAGAACCUGGAGAAACCCCGAGCAAUUGCCUUACAUCCUAUGGAGGGUACCAUCUACUGGACUGACUGGGGCAACACUCCCCGCAUUGAGUAUUCCAACAUGGAUGGCUCUAAUCGGCGCAUCAUUGCGGAUACACACCUCUUCUGGCCCAAUGGACUGACCAUUGACUAUGCAGGACAUCGAAUGUACUGGGUGGACGCCAAACAUCAUGUCAUUGAGAGGGCUGACCUUGAUGGACGCAAUAGGAAGGCUGUUAUUAGCCAAGGGCUCCCACACCCAUUUGCUAUCACCGUGUUUGAGGACAGUCUGUACUGGACAGAUUGGCACACCAAGAGCAUCAACAGUGCCAACAAAUUCACAGGCAAGAACCAGGAGAUCAUCCGCAACAAACUCCACUUCCCUAUGGACAUCCACACGCUACAUCCUCAGCGUCAGCCAGCAGGGAGAAAUCGUUGUGGGGACAACAACGGAGGCUGCACUCACCUCUGCCUGCCAAGCAGCAAGGAUUACACCUGCGCCUGCCCCACGGGCUUCCGCAAGACCAGCAGCCAUGCCUGUGCCCAGAGUCUUGACAAGUUCCUGCUUUUUGCCCGAAGGAUGGACAUCCGUCGGAUCAGCUUUGACACAGAUGACCUGUCAGAUGAUGUCAUCCCCCUUGCUGAUGUUCGCAGUGCUGUGGCUCUAGACUGGGACUCAAAGGAUGACUAUGUCUACUGGACAGACGUUAGCACUGACUCAAUCAGCCGAGCAAAAUGGGAUGGAUCGAACCAGGAGGUUGUGGUGGACACCAGCCUGGAAAGUCCAGCUGGACUUGCAAUUGACUGGGUCACCAACAAACUAUACUGGACUGAUGCAGGAACAGAUCGGAUAGAGGUGUCCAAUACAGAUGGGACCAUGAGAACUGUUCUAAUAUGGGAGAACCUAGACAGACCUAGAGAUAUUGUGGUGGACCCUGUUGGAGGGUUCAUGUACUGGACUGACUGGGGAGCAAACCCAAAAAUUGAACGUGCUGGGAUGGAUGCCUCAAACCGCUUGGUGAUCAUUUCCUCCAACCUGACAUGGCCCAAUGGUUUGGCCAUUGACUACGAGUCACAGCGCUUGUACUGGGCAGAUGCAGGCAUGAAGACCAUUGAGUAUGCCAAUCUGGAUGGAAGCCACAGGAAGGUGCUGAUUGGGAGCAAUCUGCCUCAUCCCUUUGGACUUACUCUUUAUGGUGAGAGAAUCUACUGGACAGACUGGCAGGCCAAAAGCAUCCAGAGUGCAGAUAGGAGGACUGGGCAGUCUCGGGAAACACUGCAGGACAAUCUGGAGAAUCUUAUGGAUAUUCAUGUUUUCCACCGGCACAGGCCACCAGUACAUACAGCAUGUGAAGUUAACAAUGGAGGCUGCAGUCACCUGUGCCUUUUGGCACCUCUUCCAAAAGGUUACAGCUGUACUUGCCCUACAGGGAUCAAUCUGCAAUCUGAUGGCAAGACCUGCUCCCCUGGAAUGACCAGCUUUCUGAUCUUCGCCAGAAGGACUGACAUUCGGAUGGUCUCUCUGGAUAUCCCCUACUUUGCAGAUGUUGUUGUCUCAGUCAAUGUCACCAUGAAGAACACCAUUGCAAUUGGAGUGGAUCCUCAUGAAGGAAAGGUUUACUGGUCAGACAGCACUUUGCGGAAAAUCAGUCGUGCUGCCCUUGAUGGCUCACAAUUUGAGGACAUCAUCACUACAGGUCUGUUGACUACAGAUGGGCUGGCUGUGGAUGCUGUCGGCAGGAAGAUAUAUUGGACAGAUACAGGAACAAACCGUAUUGAAGUGGGCAACUUUGAUGGCUCCAUGAGGAAAGUCUUGGUCUGGCAGAACCUGGACAGCCCUCGGGCAAUAGCUUUAUACCACGAAAUGGGGUAUAUGUACUGGACAGACUGGGGUGAGAAUGCCAAGCUGGAACGCUCUGGGAUGGAUGGCUCUGGACGUGUGGUGUUGAUCAGCAACAACUUGGGCUGGCCUAAUGGACUGGCAGUGGAUAAGGCUGGGUCCCAGCUGCUCUGGGCUGAUGCACACACUGAGCGGAUUGAGGCUGCGGAUCUCAAUGGUGCGAACCGCCGCACCCUGCUGUCUCCAGUGCAACACCCCUAUGGCCUCACUUUGCUGGACUCUUACAUCUACUGGACUGACUGGCAAACUCGCAGCAUUCACAGGGCUGACAAGGACACUGGUGCUAAUGUCAUCUUGGUGAGGGCAAACCUGCCUGGCCUCAUGGAUAUUCAAGCUGUUGACAGGGCACGGCCCCUGGGCUUCAAUAAAUGUGGAGUUCGUAAUGGUGGCUGCUCCCACCUUUGCUUACCUCAUCCCACUGGUUUCUCCUGUGCCUGCCCCACUGGUAUCCAACUGAAGAGAGAUGAACAGACAUGUGACUCUUCUCCAGAGACCUACCUACUUUUCUCUAGCCGUGCUUCCAUCCGUCGUAUCUCGCUGGACACCAGUGACCACACAGAUGUGCACAUACCUGUUCCUGAGCUGAACAAUGUCAUUUCUCUGGAUUAUGAUAGUGUGGAUGGCAAGAUUUACUACACAGAUGUAUUUCUUGAUGUUAUCAGGCGGGCUGAUCUGAAUGGCAGCAACAUGGAAACUGUUAUUGGUCAGGGUUUGAAGACUACGGAUGGCCUGGCAGUGGACUGGGUUGCCAGGAACCUCUACUGGACAGACACAGGACGCAAUACCAUAGAAGUGGCAAGACUGGAUGGAAGCUCCAGGAAAGUGCUGAUCAAUAACAGCCUGGAUGAACCUCGAGCCAUUGCUGUCUUUCCCAAGAAGGGGUAUCUCUUCUGGACAGAUUGGGGUCACAUUGCUAAAAUUGAACGGGCAAACUUGGAUGGCUCUGAACGUAAAAUCCUGAUUAACACUGACCUAGGAUGGCCCAAUGGAUUGACUUUGGAUUAUGACACCAGGAGGAUAUACUGGGUGGAUGCUCACCUUGAUCGCAUAGAGAGUUGUGAUCUCAGUGGGAAGCUACGACAAGUGUUGGUCAGCCAGGUGUCACAUCCCUUUGCUCUGACACAGCAGGACAGAUGGAUAUACUGGACUGACUGGCAAACAAAAUCUAUCCAGAGAGUGGACAAAUACUCUGGGCGGAACAAAGAAACAGUGCUAGCCAAUGUUGAGGGAUUGAUGGAUAUCAUUGUGGUUUCUCCUCAGAGACAGACAGGUAGUAAUGCUUGUGGAGUGAACAAUGGAGGCUGCACUCACCUCUGCUUUGCCAGGGCUUCUGACUUUGUCUGUGCAUGUCCGGAUGAACCAGAUGGGCGGCCCUGUUCUACAAUUCCUGGUGUGGUGCCCCCUGGUCCGGAACCAACCAGUGUAAGUGAGAGAAGUCAAACGCCACCUGGCAGACUAGAUACUUCAACAACCAAACCUCUCACAUCUCUGGAAACAGUGAAAAGAAACUGCUCUGACAAAGAUGCUAGGCAAGGCUUGUGUACUCGGGCCAAUGAGGCAGUGUUGGCCACCAUGGGAGAAGGACUGCAUGUCAGCUACAUCAUUGGAGGUCUUCUCAGCAUCUUGUUUAUUUUGCUGCUUAUUGCUGCUUUAAUUAUAUAUAGGCAUAAUAAGUCCAAGUUUACGGACCCUGGCUUGGGGAACCUAACCUACAGUAAUCCUUCAUAUCGGACAUCUACCCAGGAGGUGAAGAUUGAAUCUAUUCCCAAACCAACCAUGUACAACCAGCUGUGCUACAAGAAAGAGACUGGUCCUGACCACAGCUACACUAAGGAGAAGAUCAAGAUUGUGGAGGGAAUAUGCCUUUUAUCCAGUGAUGAUUCCGAAUGGGAUGACCUUAAGCAGAUUCGGAGCUCCCGUGGAGGGAUCCUCCGGGACCACGUCUGCAUGAAGACGGAUACAGUCUCUAUCCAGGCCAGUUCUGGUUCACUGGAUGACACCGAAACUGAGCAGCUGCUACAGGAAGAACAGUCUGAAUGCAGCAGUGUUAACACAGCAGCAGCCACUCCUGAGCGGCGGGGCUCACUCCCAGACACAGGCUGGAAACACCAACGCAAGCCCUCCACAGAGAGCGAGGUCUAAAGUACACGUGACUUUGGAAACAGUCGUACCCUCCUUACCCUCUGCUCUGCACAAAAAAGACAGGACUCUGCCUGCCUGGCAAGGAGGGGCGCAGAGAUCAGCCUCUCUUGCGAGGGGCCUGAGAGUGGGACUGCCUUUCAGCAUGGAGCUUGGGCAGCUGUGUUGUUGUGUUUGGAGAAGGAGGAUGGGUGGGUUGGUUGGAACCCGGAGACCCUUUUGACUCAUUUUCACUGUCUGUGGUUUAUUUAUAUGUUCCCUUUUCCUGGAAGUUGCCACAUUAACUUUUGCAGUGGCUCGUCUGGCCUGAAUCUGGUUCAGAGUCUCUGUUCCCUGGCAACCUGCAAGUCCUGUGCCAUCCAGCUCACGGUCAAUGCCCAUGAAGAGAGCAGAGCUGCCUCAUUGCUGGCUCCUGGUCACAGAAGUACCUCUAGUCAUUCCAGCACUAGCAGCACUCUUUGAGGCUUUGUGUUGAGGGGUCUCUGACAUGACAGAGGUCUUGGUAUAGAUGGGAUAUACUUUGGGGCUCAAGAGGACACUGACACAGCAUCAGGUCACCUUGUAAAGGCAUAAAGAGGAUAACCACAGUUACCAAGACUUACUUUAUGAGAGCAUCACUGCUUACUUUCAUAUCUGCUACUAAAAACUUCAAGAAAUGCUCAGAUUGGAGCACUGUGUCUGUUGCUGGCAGUGGACACUGCUCCUAUUCUCCCCUUUCCUGUUAAAACAUGUUUCUACUCUGGAAAAACAAGAGUUAGCAAAUGCCCCUUUCAAAACUGUUCCCUGAGUACUGGAGUCUGAGUGCUGAACUUGAGACAAGAAGAAAUUGGUAUUUUACUUAGCUCUACAGAGCUAAUGGGGGGAAAUGGAUCUCAGCAAGACCUAAAUUUUACUCAUCUUUGCAUAACUGAUACAUAAAAAAAAAGAAAAUGAAAAUUUGCUAGGUCCCCACCAGUCCCAAUUCUGCAAGGUCCCAAUUAUUUUGGCCUUUAGGACCUUUGAUUACCAUAAUAAGGGAAAAGAGAGAAUUCCUAGGUUGAGUCUUUCCCAGGGGAAUGCUCAGUGCUGACAGUUAGGAACUGCUUUAUUACUAGGCUGAGCCCAUUUGACCUAGAAUGGGAGACAAUAAUCAGGGAGCUGCAAGGGCAGGAUGACAUUCCCUAAAGGUAAGAGUCUUGGAGGCCAGAGAACAACUGAAGCUCAUGCAGCUGAUGGGAAAAAUUAUUUGGC